AUGAAGCUCGCUCCAUCCUGCAACCGGCUCGCAGUAUCGGAACUCGUCUCAUCCUGUCAGUCAAUCGGUCGUCGGGCCGAGAAACAAGACACGGAUAUAUACUUGAACCUGGAGCUCGUACGAUCACUUUAUGCGGCCCGUCUUGCCAUUUGUGAGCUCCGAGAAGCUAAGGCAGCAGCACCAGACGCGUGUUCCUCAUUGAUGAUUGGGCCGCCGCAGAAGAGAGGCAGGUUCGGUUUUAUUUUCAGCGAUAGAAUCCGCUUCAGCGCUCCGGACGUCAUUCAGAAGCCACACUUGGAGUCUUGCCUGCAGUCGUUAGAGACACGGCCGCAGUGGUGGACGUCCUAUAGCAACAGUCGGCAGAAUGCCGUGGUAAUAUGUCAGGCAGCCAGGGAUGAGACUGAGAAGGAGGAGCUCCUGGAGCUUUAUCGAACUAUACUCAAUAGCUCUACAGAGCUGGAGCGUGGUCUUCACGAGGCCUUGGAGGUCGCUGCAGCUGACCUUGCCCGUCAGAAAGAAUUCAUGCAAGCGGUCGGUAUAAUGAGAAGCAGGAUGAGACAAGAGCUGGAAGAAACCGAGAUGCGCUUGAGAUCGACGAUUGACCGUAUUUUGCACAGCCUGUACGCGUAUGCCGUUGACUCGUUUAAAGAGUCCCUUAGGCCUGCGAUUGAUACACUGCAGCAAAAGACAGACAGUCUCAAAUUCAAACUCCAGACUGUUGCUACCGAAGCUGAUAAGCUUGGUCAGACACUACACGCUCUACACCAAGAGUCUGUCAAGAGGGACCAGGAAUUGGCAAUUGCGCAGCAGAAAGAACUACAGACCACCAGGGAGACGGCCCUGGCCCAUCAAGAAAGCCUAGGGACACUUUGCCAGGAUAAUCUGGCAAGACUCUUGGAAGUCGAUGCUUCUUUGGAUCUGCUGUCGACCAGAAUGGUAUACAUGUUGCAGAUAGCGCAGAGCAUGAAUGAGCGCAUGCCGGGUCUCCAGAAGGCACUCAAUGAGUCCGAGCAACGAGCCGAGGUGCUACAUCAAACACAGCUGCAGCAGUACGAGACCCUGCAAGAGGCCUCGCGGUUACACAAGCAGCAACAAAUAUACUUGAAUGGCACGCUGGCCGAUCUUGACAGAGCUGCCGUCAGAGCUGCGACAAUGCUCAAGACAUUCGACAAGAUGGGAUCUAAGUAUUGGCUAGAUCUCGUGCGAAAAGUAAUUUGCGAUGCAUUCUGGAUCAUGUGUAGCGUCGUGCUCCGGGAUGUAGUAGCAAGGGCAGUCGCUCUAACUUGUACGGUCUCCUGUCCUCCGCAGUCUUUAAAACGGCGUACUAACGGUCUUUCCCUCUAG